AUGGACAGAUGCACAACGCAGGCAUGCCAUACCGCUCGAGCUCGUAUGGAGUUCCUCCAGCACCGCAGUCAGGGCAUUCCAGCGCCGAAAUGAAUGGCCUCGGCAUCAGCAACAGCUCGAAUUACUCUGCACCUGCACCUAAUGGUCAAUCAUACAGCUAUCCACCUGCACCGCAUGCUGCUCAGCCAACGCCUUAUGCUACAUAGAAUGAAGCCCACCGCAGACAAGGAUCUGGAGGUGAUGAUGAUGAUGAUGACGAUGUCGUGAGAGGUAGGAAAGACGUCGGCUGAAGUACAAUCAAUGUGCUCAAAUGUUACGCAAAUGGCGACGAUUAUGCGCCGCCCAGUGGAUCGUGAAUUUGCACGGCAGGUCAUGGUAGGAUGAGGAGGGAAGGCAAGCUCCGUCACGAUGAGGACUUGAAGGAGAUUUGAAAGGCUUGGAUGGCUUCGAGAAUGGGAGAUUUUUGAAGAAUGGGCGGGCGUUUUCCAAUGUGACGAUUCAACACUGCGACAAUGGUAAUGUGGCGGUGGUACUGGCAUGGAGGGAAUUUCACGAGCAAUGAGCGGGGAUGGAUUGAAUGGGAAGCGUUCUGCUCUGGUACUGGGGUGCCUUGCGGCCAUACCUCUGCUACAUGAGUAUAACUCAUCGCUAUAGCUAAUACGAGUAUGGAAAGUGUGAGGAGAAAAGACGAAAUUCGAAGCAUGCUUUGAAAGUC